CUGUAAACAAGCAUGCGAAUCAUAUAGUUCACUUUUUUGGAAGAGCUCACAACAACAAUUCGCCCACCAUAUUGGAAUCAAUCGAAACCUAGGUUUUCUUGUCGUAUAUGACAUAGCGUUACCAAAGUAGUGUCAGCACUGCAGUUGAAAGAAAUGUCGAAUCAGGUGUCGAAUCACAUAUUGAGAAUUCUGGGGGUGUUGUUGGAAGAAGAUGGCAUUGCUCAGGAACCAAACAUAGCAGGAGUAGUUGGUGCAACCUUAGGCCAGUUGCUGGGAGGAGCACAAGGAUGUAUGCAAGGUGCUGUCCUAGGAAACGUGCUGUAUCGUGCGUCAACGUCCAAUACCAACUUUGGCGAAAAACUCAGCAACUUGUCGAUGCGUCAAAAGCAGGAACUCAUAAAUUUGGUGAUGAACAUAUUGGUAUCCGCAAAAGUAUCAGAAUCAGUGGUGGGCUUAGCUUAUAUUGCUGCUAACCCUGUUCUGAGAGAAACUAUACUCAAAGAAACACGAAACUAUCUGAGAAAACCUUAGAGUAGCCAUCUGACAUGUGAUGUACUGGUAACCCUUAAAAGGCAAUAGAGGACCCUACAGAAUUCUUAUGGAAGGUAGUUUUCGGCAUUUUUUUAAAUGAUAAUCGUAGCUUUCCAUACAAAGAAAUAGAACGUAGAGCUACCCACCGCUACAAAGUAGUCAAAGGAAAUCGCUAGAAAACAUGUUCAAGUAGCAGAGAUGACCUCCACGUGGUACAACUUUAACGUUUGAACUGAAAAGUAUACCAGGUGUUUCAAAUUCGACAGUUUCCAUUGGCAUCUCGGAAUCGGUAAUACAUAGAUACGAGGUCAGUUAAAUAGAGGCAGGGUUGCGUAUUUGAAUAACUGAAAAAAUUUUGGAAAGCUGAAUAUGAUUUCCAGCAACGUGCCCUGGGCAGUUGUGUUAUAUAAUGUCUAACCUGGUAGCUCUAGAUUGACUGGAUGCCGAGAUACAGCCAGUGUCCUUUAUUAAUGACUGUCUAAUCUUGCAAGCUCUGUUGUUUUACUAGGAAACAAAUCCAAUAACUUUUGAUUACAUGCUGGAAGAUUUUAGCUUAAUGUGUUGCUCUGAAGUAAGAGAUUUUGAUAUGUUGUUUGGUGAUUGACAAUCGCAGUUAUAGGAUAAGUUCAUAAAAUGGAAAGGUUACACCAUUUUUUUCUAGAAGCCUACUUGAAUGUGCUGUAAUACUUUUGGCAAUAGAUACAAUUACGUCUCAGCUUAUUGCUAUACCAACUUUAACAUUUCACUGAUAGCUUUUUCCAACGAUACAUCAUAUGAAAAUAUCUCCUCUGUACCUAGCUGAUGGAGAAAUAAUAAAAGAUAAUUUCAGAUAAAAAUAGUACAGUCUCAAAAGUAUCGAUUUUCUAAAAAUUCCUAAAUAUUGCGAUAGCUCAAAAAUCGUGCACAAUCGGAUAAGCAUAUUAUAUGGUUUCUCUGAUUGGAAACCACCUCCCUUCUCACGCCUUUACGUUUGAUACCCUUGGAUACCCUGUAUAUAUUGAUGAUUUGCAGACUGGUUUUUGAGUAGUAAGCGGUUUAAUCUACAAAAAUGCUUUUUUGGUAGCCUACCAGUCCGUCAGUCUUGAAGGUAGUGACUUCAAAUACUAGGCGUAUAACUUACUCAUAGGCCAUCUUGAAAUUUCCAACUACUGAUGCCACCUUUACGAUGGAAUAUACUUUUCGUGCACCAAUUUAAACACCCUGAUUUCAGUUUUCCAGCUUUUUGCAAAUCACUGUAUGUCAUGGAAAUUCUAAUUUUUGAGUCCAGCAUUUUGAUAGACUGGGCACUUUUGUUCCAUUUGUUGAGAACACCAACAUACAGAGCUUGAGCAAUAAUUAGUUGAAACCAAUUUUCCAUGGGAACUCUGUAGGCUUUUCUAAGGACCUCUUUUUAGUUUGAUGACAUUAUCAUUAGGUAUAGUUGUAAAUUAUCUUUAGUGUCCCAGAAAAAAGUUCAGACUCUGUAUUAAUACGAGUAUUUUGUUUACACACUUGAUAUACCAGAUUGAUGUGCAAUAUAUUACAAGUUAAAUAUUGUGCAGCACAUAAUACUUUUUUCCUAAUAUUUUGUAACAAAAUUGUUAGUACAAUGUCUUUUCAGAAAUAGUCUGGACGCGCCUUAUUAGUAUUAGUAAAACAAGAUUAGGGCUGGAUCCCCACGAGAACCAGAUGUAGAUUAUGAAAGUAAGUAGUGAAAGAUGAGGGCACUACAAAAUCACUAUUUCGUGCAAAGUUUUCUUAAAAUGCUUAAACGAAUCAAAUAAUAAGAAAUAUUUUUAUCAAUUAUUCUGUAUUAGGCUGACUAUACAAUUUACGACUUUCGGGGGUUAAACUAUUUGGACUCCCCUUGAAAAUUGUUAAUACUGAACUUAUUUCAUGCAUAACACUACACAGCUGACUGUUAACAGAAGAUGUAUGUAUCCUUUCCAGAGCAUGAAAGUCUAACCCUGUAUACUUAACAAACUGUGACAACUGUUGAUUAAUUAAGUUCAAGAUUAGUUUUCGUGUUGUUUAAAUUUGGGUUGCUGGUCAUGUACUGAUUACUUGUUGUAUGCUUGUUUUUUAAAUGUUCAUUUUACUUCGCAAUUGCUUAAUUAAUACGAUGAAACCUUAUUCAACACGAAUUAUACAUGUUUUCGCAGUGUCAAAAUUGGUGAAAAGACAGGUAUUUAUGUUCAUUUGUGGUGUUUAUCUAGUACUUUUAUUUUUUUCAUAAACAUGCAUUUUACAUUUUUACAUAUUUUAUAUUCAAUUGACUAAAUAAAUACUUGAAUAGGU